AUGGCAAAGUGUCGUGGCGUUCUAAGGGGGAGGCCUGUGUUCAACAAUGGAACUCUUGCGGCUGAUGAUGAUGAUAUAAUUAUAUGCAACGAAGACAUGGUGUACCUCGUCAUCAUCAUGACCGUUUCCACAUGUCUCACAGAUUUUCCUUCCUUCAGAGUGCUAAGGGAACCGCUAGUCCAUGGCAAAUGUGUGAAUGCGAGCGUUGUCGUGUACAUAAUGAACUCUAUUAGUUCCAGCUCCAGUUCAUCAGCUGGAAAUAACGCACGAACGCUCGGAAGCAUAAUGACCUUCCGC